UUUUCAUCAGCUGCAAUUUAUUUUGGUCGACUCUGACGUCAAGAGAAUACACGUUUCAUUCAACAAGCAAGAAAGUAAGUUAUUUAUAACCCGCGGCGGCUCCAGGUUGUGAUCCUUGAGUGCGCAGCGAAAGGAAUACUCCCCAUUGGACUGAUGUAGUGUGCCUCCAUAACAAAAGCCACACAGCUCGCGUGUUAUGGUGCCAGAGACGCGCGGCGCGCCGCAGCCCGAAGUCGGACGCGUCCGUGUGAAACGCCGAGAAAAGGGCAUUUUGUGAAGAACUGACACAAAGUUUUCGGGUUAGAAUAAUUACAUUUCUUCGAUUCCUUUCUCUCUGACGCGUCAAACACCGGCCACUUUGGACAUGGAAAACCUCUCCUCUGGCAAGGACUGUGAGCUGUAAGUUCAACACUGAGGAGAUCUGUGACUGGCUGGGAAAUGGCGGACAUUCUGGAGCUGCGCACGGACGGAAACUCUCUCCUGAAGGCCGUGUGGCUCCGGCGCCUGAGACUCACCCGGCUGCUGCUGGAAGGCGGCGCAUACAUCAACGAGAGCAACGAGCGCGGCGAGACCCCGCUCAUGGUGGCCUGCAUGUCCACGCACGCCGACCAGCAGAGCGUCAGCAAGUCCAAGCUGGCGAAGUACCUGCUGGACAACCAGGCAGACCCCAACAUACAGGACAAGGCGGGCAGGACGGCCCUGAUGCACGCCUGCAUUCACAAGGCCGGACACGAGGUGGUGGAUCACCUGUUGAGCAAUGGAGCGGAUCCCAGUCUGGAGGACCGGAGCGGCGCCUCCGCGCUGGUUUACGCCAUCAAUGCAGAUGAUAAGGAGACGCUGAAGCUUCUGCUGGAUGCGUGCAAAGCCAAAGGCAAGGAGGUCAUCAUCAUCACCACAGACAAGUCACCGUCUGGGACUAAAACGACCAAACAGUACCUGAACGUGCCCCCGUCCCCAGAGCUGGACGACAGGUCCUCCCCGGCCUACUGCACCUCCCCCUCCGACAUCAGCGUCACGGCGUCGCCCGCGCCCGAACAGGAGCAGCAAAACACCGUGUUCAGCUUCCAGACGAAGCUGAAGAGCUCCAGCUCGGCCUCGAAGCUCGCCAACGGGCCGGCGUCGCCGACGCGCCGGGCCCCGAACCCCAAGCGCGCCCGCCUGCCCCAGCUGAAGAGGCUGCAGUCGGAGCCGUGGGGCCUGAUCGCCCCGUCCGUCCUGGCCGCGGCCGCGGCCGGCGAGGAGGGCAGGAGGGCCAGCUCUGACGAGGACGUGGUGGCGGGCGUCAACGGGCUCUGCCUGAGCAAGAGGGCGGCGCUGUCUCGACAGAGCAGCGUGGACGGCAAGGACGGCCUGUUCCCACCGGUGGGCGACCAGGCCUGCAAAAUGACCAGCUCGCUGUCCGUCCCCCCGGCGUCGAAGGCGUCGUACGAGCGGACUCUGGGUCAGCACCAGCACCAGCACCAGCCGCUGGCGCGGCGGAGCACCGUGCCCACGGAGCAGGAGAGCAGCGGCUGCAGCUCCGGCCUGGUGAGCCUGCGAGACACGGUGCACCGGAGGCGUCUGGGGAACGACCACUAUGACUCCGACUCACAGCUCUAUUCAGACUCUGCCAUGUUAGACUCGCCUAAGGUCCCAGUGGAGCGGCGGAAACUAAACACCUCCCCGCUAGCGAUGCUGACCAGCUCCAGAGAGUCUCUAGACAGCAACGCCAGCACGUCGUCCCCCAGCACGGCGCGCCGGCGCCCGCCGGGCCUCCUGGAGCGGCGGGGCUCAGGCACGCUCCUGCUGGACCACAUCUCCCACACCCGGCCCGGCCAGCUGCCCCCCCUCAACGUCAACCCCAACCCCCCCAUCCCUGACAUCGGCGCUUGUAGCAAGCCCUCCUCACCCCUGGCCACAGGUUUCAGAUCCAUAGCCCCAGUAGCACCCAGCACACCAAAGAGAGGCGGCCUCAAAUGUAAGAAGAAACUAGUGAGGAGGCACUCUAUGCAAGUGGAGCAGAUGAAGCAGCUUUAUGAUUUUGAAGAGCUGGCUCAUUAGCUGGUGGAGAUCCAUAAAUUCAGUUGUGUACAGUCGCGGCCAUCUAGAUGUCAAAUAAUGUGUGAUUUAUAAAAUAUAUUUAUUAAAACUGAGCAAUAUAGACAAAUAGGUUAUCUGCAAGUGUCACACUCAACUUGUUAUACUUUGACUUUACAACAUCUGCUGUAUGUGUAUUACAGUUUGAAUGUAAAUGCCAAGACAUGGUACUUUUCCUCUCUUACAUGAUAAUGUAACGUGUAGAGAACAUACAGGGUCCAUUUGUAGCCAGCAGGCCACUCGGGUGCACUUUGUGCAUAUGUAAUUAGCACCACUGAUUGACUUUCUUUGAAAAGGAAAACAUAUGGUGCACUUGUCUGAGAUGUAGCUUUGAGUUUGAUGAAAUUUGACUGUUUGUAGCAAAUUUGUACAAAGUGCCUUUGAUAUGAAGAAACCUAAAAAGUGAAAGGAUACAUUCAAUGUUUUAGGAUCAUUUUUAAUUCACGAGGAUGUAACCAAAAUGUCUUUCAUGUAUGUACUGUUGGUCGUGUUAGAACAAAAUGAAGUCUCAGACUAUACAGGAUGUGAAUGAACGAACAAUAUGCCUUAAGAAGCAGGUAAACAACGGGCUAUAACAGCACUUUAUUGCCCAGUAAGAAAAAUGACAUGGUUGCUAUAAUUUAAAAAAAAAAAUAAAAUUUUAAAAUUUAAAAUUUAAAUUAAAAAAAAAAGAUUUGUAAAAGUAAAUAUAAUUCGACAAGGGAAAUAAAAAAAACAUGAAUGACAUUUGAGCCCAUAGAACACAGAGAUGUUGAUAAAACAUGUGAUUUAAAAUGUCAUUUCAUGCUAAUGGCAAUCAAGACUAAAGAUCAUACAGCUUCCAUAACUUGUUAGUGAAGCUAGUGCUUCUGUUUAAGAUAAAAAAACAACAUAAAUGAAUCCAUAGUAUUUUUGCAAGUAGUUUGUUGUAUAUUCUGAAUAAAUGUAUCACGUGAAUUUC